UGUGUCGUCUGCAUUUAGGUCGUCUGCUGCUUUCCCCUGUGAGAAUGUGUCUAGCCUACUUCGUUGAGUGGUCUAGGAAUAAGGGUCAGACUGGGAUUCUAAUUAUGUAAAAACACUAGAGUGAUCGUUGUGUACUAAUUUUGCCAUUUUCGGAUUGUAACACCGUGUACAUAACAAACUUUAAUUUUCAGUGUUUUUCUAUACUUCUCAACGAACGAACGAAAAUGGCCACCGAAUUUGGAACUGGCAAAACAAUAUUUAUUUUAGCAAUAGUUGUUGGUUGUUUUGCUAUUUUAUGGCCGAAAAUAUUUUAUCCAAUGCUUCAGUCAUCAGUGUCAGUCAAACCAAACAUCGUUCCUACCACAGAUUGCUGUGAUGUGAUUUUUGAAAAGGAUUUGAACGCAAUCAAAAUUAUGACACAGCUGUGCGAGAAAAUAUUGAGCAGUCAGUCUGAUUUCGAUAAAAGACUCCUUUUGUCUUUCCAACAAGGAAAGUUAACGAAGGAAAUAGUUAAUAAGUGUAAUGCUGAGGUUCACGACAAGUGCAAUGUAGAUAUAACAGAUUUUCUGAACGAUAAGGUUCGCUUGGGAAGAACCUACCAACAAAUGCUUAGUGAACUGCGAUCCUUGAACAGUUCAUUUUGCCUUAAAGUGAACUUUGGUAUCUCACCUGGUCUGAUAGGAGCCCCAAGACGAAUGAGGGUUUGGGAAGCAAACAAGAACCUGAGGCAGGAGAGACCACCACAUCUGAGACCCCACAUGAUGCACCCUGCUCUGAGGGAGAAGGGACGGGCCAUCCCUCAUUCUCAUAUUGUGCCCAGGGUCAUGGAGAAGGAAGCUCCAGCAACGUCAAAACCAAAGCAGCCACUACCGAUGCCUGGCAUGAGACCACCCAUGGGAGGAGCGGGUCACGUUGUCCCAGCACCCAAGGGGAGCAGCACCAUGGGCAUCAUAAUGCCCCUCUACACCAUCGGCAUCGUUAUAUUCUUUAUGUACACUAUGAUGAAGCUGAUUUUCAAGAAGUCGGAUGAGAGCAACGCUUACAAGGAAUUCCAACCCGAUCCGGAAUUCAGACGUGUGGUGUUCAGUGACACAGAGUAUGUACAACACAAGAACCACAAAGAGAUACAUCACGAGGAUAACACCACAAAACUCGGGUGGAAAGAGAGAGACGCCAGAGACAUAGAGCUGGACCAGUUGCGACGAAGGCUAGAGGAGACGGAGGCUGCUAUGGAGCGUAUUGUCGCACAGAUGGUCACUGUGCCGCACAAGUCCAAGCCUGGUCCCCUACAGGACACACCAUCUGAACCGAUGGCAGUAGAGGCAGCAACAAAGGAAGACACCAAGGAAGAGGAAUCUGGAUCACCCGAGCAGGUAGAGGAGAAGAGUGGGGGAGGGGCAGUGCAGGUAGUGGGGAUGGAGAUGACCGAGAGUGUGGAGGGAGGACAGAAGUGGAGCAGGCCUCCAACUCCCCUGACCUCCCGUAGUACCACACCCACUGUACCGACCCCUGAGCCCCAGAGUAUAUAUCUAGAGGGUUCUCUACCCUCCCAGAGUCAGCUCCUGGUCAGCCAGUCAGAGAUAGAGAAAUUGACUCAGGAGAAUGAUGAGUCUCCUGUUAUAUUGGCUGGCAAAGUUACACUCUCACUCAUCGGGCUGGACGACGCACUUAAAACUGACAACGGUGGACCAGUGAUCACUUCUGUGUCUAGUGAUGAGGAGGAAGAAGAAGAAGAAGAGGUGGAGGAAGAAGAGGAAGAAAUAAUUGAACAAGUUUCAGAAGAUGAAGCUGAGGCGGUGGACAACAUCGGAAUCAACGGAGAUGAGGAUCAAACAACGAACUACACUACAGCCAGUGCUGCUGGAAAUCUAGCGGAUGAAACAGCAAUGGACUGCUCUGCAAUAGAACCUCAUCACGAUGAUGAAGAAGAGGAGGAAGAGGAGCUUGAAGAAGACAUUGUGAUAAAACCUGAAUCUCUGCAGAAAACUUCAGUUGUUGUAGAUGCAAAAAAAGCUGAAGAGGAAGAGGAGGAGGAGGAGGAGGAAGAAGAAGAAGAAGAAGAGGAGGAGGAAGAAGAAGAAGAUGAAGAACAAGAAGUUGGAAGACCACAAAGUUUACAACAUCAACAUCAGCGUUAACUUUAAACUCACCCCCACAGUUCAACCACAUUUCACCAUUUUACACUGAAAAACUUUACCAUAUUGUUAAAACUAUAUAGUUUAGUCAGUUAUUAGUAAGUAAUAACAAACAGUAUUCAUAAAAAUUAAAUUAAUCUUUUAUAUAAACAUUUCUAUAUACAAUAAAUAGUAUUGCAUAUAUAUUUUGUGUGCUUUUAGUACAAUUAUUAUCAGUAGAUUUUACAAAUAUGGUUUCAAAUUUUAAUUCGUUCCUUGAUUGAAUAUUAAUUGCUAGAAAACUAACACUUUGGUGUUUGCUUUGUCAUUUUAUUCAUGUUCCUCAUCUGUUACAAGUUACCAGCUUUCACGUAGGUUACCUACUAGAUUGUGAUAUUUCAUGUUUCGUUGAAUUUGUUUUUAUGUUUUGAAUCAAUGAAAGUUAAACAAUAUGUACAACCACUGUGCCAAAAACUAUUAAACCUAUAAGGGAAGCUUA